GAGCCUGCGUGUCAUCCAUCAGACUCAUCCAGAGUUUCAAAGUUCUCAUGUGCAAUAAUUUCAGCUGUUCUCCAUCUCUCUUCGUGAUGGACCGCCCGCGGAGAAGCUGCCUGAAAGUGCUCGAGCACUGCCGAGUCGCUCCCCCACCCGACUCAGUCCAACCAACCGCUCUCCGACUCACCUUCUUUGACAUCAUAUGGAUGCAGAUCCCACCAGUCCAACGGCUCUUCUUCUACAAUUUCUCCGAUCCCAACACCACCACUCUCCUCUCCAACCUCAAGCGCUCCCUCUCCCUUGCUCUCCAGAUCUUCUACCCCCUCGCCGGAAACCUGACCCACUCUCCUGAAACCGGCCACCACGAGAUCCUCUACGCCGACGGCGACUCGGUCCUGCUCACCAUUGCCGAAUCUGACUCCGAUUUCGAACAUCUUAUCGGGUCCCAUCCACGAGACGUAACGGAUUUCCAUCCUUUCGCGCCUCACCUGCCCGGUUCCGAUUCGCUCCCCGCGCCCGUCCUGUCCUUGCAGGUAACUCUCUUCCCCAACUCGGGCUUCUGCAUCGGCAUCUCCGUGCACCACGUGGCAGCGGAUGGGUGGACCUCGACACACUUCAUGAAAUCCUGGGCGUCGAUUUGUAGAACCGGAGAUGCUUCGUCGAUCAAGCAGCUCCCGAUUUACGACAGGACCGUCACCAAUGGUAUGGAUUGGCUCACCACAAAGCACUUCCUCGAGAUGGAGAAAGUCAAAGCCAAGGACUGCCUCGACGCUCUCGACGUGAAGAGCCAACCGCACGCGGUACGAGCCACCUUCUUACUGAGUCGAGCCCAUAUCGAGCGACUACGGAGCUGGGUCGCGACUCGACGAGUCAAUGGGAGCGAGAAAGAUUCCCGUCUCUCGUCCUUCGUCCUAACGAUCGCAUACGUGUGGGUGCGCGUCGUCAUGGCACGUGGACCUGAGGAUGAUGAGAAGAUGGCCCACCUCGUCUUCGCGGUGGAUUAUCGGGCUCGGCUGGACCCGCCGCUACCCGCCCCGUAUUUUGGGAACUGCAUUGGCGCGUGCUUUGCGCAUGCGGUGGUGGGCGAGUUGACUCAGGAGGAUGGGGUGGUUGUCGCGGCCGAGUCAAUUGGGAGAGCGAUUCGCGGGUUGGAAGGAGACGAGGUUUUGAAAGGUGCCGAGAGUUGGAUUCGGAGGGCAAUGGAGUUAGCGAGCGAUCGGGUCUUCUCUAUUGCCGGGUCGCCCCGGUUCCGAAUCUACGAUACGGAUUUUGGGUGGGAGAGGCCUAAGAAGGUGGAGGUGCUUUCAAUAGAAGGAACGGGGGCGAUGUCUCUUGCCGAGAGCAGAGAUGAAGAAGGUGGGGUUGAGAUCGGUCUGGCACUACCCGAUUACGAAAUGAACGUUUUUGAUUCGCUGUUCAAGGAAGGCCUGGCAAGUCUUUCUUAAUUUCCAACCGUCCGUCACCUUGUUGAUUGUGAAAGGGCGGGAAUAGACGGAUGGUAUAUCCAUCUCUCCGCAGGACAGAUGGCAGAGUGAUAUUGAUAGGUCCACACUCGGACAGAUGGAAUCAGCUUGGAUUUAUAUCUAUAUAAGCUACUAUUAAUCCGCUACCAGGAGGGACUCUCUCUCUCCUUUCAGGGAAAGGGAUUAUUUCACGAAAAAAAAAGGUUGGCUGCUCGGGUGGGCGCUACUCGGUGAAUUUUCACAGGUAAAGGCUCUCACUCUUCAAACUGUUUUUCUUAGUGUGGUACAUUUGAAUACGGAUGAAUCUAAUUUUAAGUUUUAGUGUGGCAUUUAAUAGUUGGAGUGGAUUUCAUAUAAUCAUCACAAUAUACCUCUAAAAAUCAAUGGUGGACAUCUAUUUUCCAAUUAUUUCUCUUGAUGUGGCUCACCUAAAUCACAAGCCUGUCUAAUUUUUUGCUCUAAGCUAAACAUGGGAUUA